UACAAUUCGAUGCUUUUUGUUUACAACUAAUUAUUAAAAAAAAUAAAUAAACCAAAUAUAAUGUUAGAAGUCAUAAUAAAUCGGUAACAAUAUCAAAAUUUUGUUUUUAAAUAAAAUACAAUAAACUUGGUACAGUUCUAUUUGAGUCAAAAUUUUGGACCUACAAUUUGAUCAAAUGCCUCUCUUUAUCUUUUUCUUUUCAUUAUUUUAACUUCAUCAACAACAUAAUGGGUUGCCUUCAGAGUAAAAAAGAAAUAUCUGAUCUACAUCCAAAUGUUUUUCGUGUUGUUAAUAUUGAUGAAAACGGCGUAGACUUGUGCUCUGGACAACUGGAAAUCACGGAAUCUGAUAUUAUUUUAUAUAGAGAAGGCAGAGAUUCUACUAUCUGGCCUCUUCAUUCACUUCGGAGAUAUGGCUUUGAAGGAGAAAUAUUCAGUUUUGAAUCAGGUAGAAGAUGUGAAACCGGUGAAGGCAUUUAUGGAUUCAGAUGUCGCCGAGCUUCCCUAUUAUUUCAAACUUUACAACAGCAAAUACAGUUAAGAAAUGUUGUUCACGAUUCUGUGCCCUAUCCAGUUUCUCGUUUAACACCAUCCCCUCAAGGCAGACAAACAUUACAAGCCACUGUUAUCCAUCGAUCCUCUGUCGACAAUGGGCAACCGGACAAUACUGGAACAGGUUUCAAUAAUAACGUCACCACCAUAAACAGUACAGUUCCACCAGCAAUUAUACCAUCUCCCCAUUCUCCAUCCAGUGCUGACAUAUUAGAAGUGAUGCCACUGUAUCCAAGAUCACAGUCAUCAAGCAACCAUGUAACCAAUGUUUAUCAAGUGAGGGAUUUUAAACGAGAACAUAAUAAUAACCAGACCGAUGUCAACAAUGACACAAGACAUGUUUAUACAAAUGAUUUUAAUAGGGACCUAGCUAUGCUUCGGAAAACAUUGAAACAAGAAAUCGCUUUAAAUACAAUCAGGGAUAUAGAAGACGAAACAAGAUUCUUAGAAAGGAGACACAUCAAUGAAAUGAAAUCAGAUUCAGCAAACCACCCUUUGUCGCCUACAAUAAGUUGCUCAAGUGAACAUUAUGCUCAACUUAGUACUGAACAACAAGAAACAUCUAGAAUGUAUGUGAAUAUUGCGCCCAGUUCUAACAACUCAGCUACAGACAUUAAAGCUGACCCAGUCCCAACAACACCUCUUACACCAAAACAAGUAGAAUAUUGCAAUUUGACUGUUGGUUUAAAACCAGAAAUAAAUACAUAUGCAAAUGUGAUGCUGGGCGAUUUCUCAGAUAGUGCAAAAGGUUCAAGAACGAUUCACAAUUCAGAACACAACCAAAAAUUUUCAGAGUCAGAUACCUUCACAUCAAUGUCGCCAGUUGAGGAAAUGGAAGUCAAUUACGCAGUUCUUGAUAUAGAUACCAAUAAAGAGAAUAUUAAAGUAGCAAGAGAGCUUGCUUCCCCAGAAAGUCAGUCAUACAACAGCUCCAAAAAUGAAAGCUCGGCUUCGCACACAUCUCAACCUAGAGCUAGAGUCGUCUCACAGUCCAGUAUCGACAGAACCACAUCCAAUCCAAUGAAUCCACCAUCUAGUAUUGGUUAUACAACAAUUGAUUUUGAUAAAACUGUUGCACUGACAUCGGUAGCUGCUGGUGCAGAGAGCAAUAUGGAUGGGCCUAGAAAAAAUCGGCACAACUCUUGCAGUAUAUUAAGUGGAAGCCCCGGCAGUAGUGAAAAAUGUAGGGGGAAUAACUGAAAUCAGGUUUUCUUUAAGUUCAAGUGGGAUAAGACUAGGAUGAGUGGCAAAAGACUAUCGCUUUGUUAAUGACAAAAUAUAUUUAAUGUCUUAGACUGUAUUCAAAGCCAAAACUUAUAACAUCAACAGCCAAAGGAAAUUAUUUAUUAAGCCAAAGUUAAGUAAAAUAUUAUUUAUUAUGGUAUUUUUAGGUAUUUGAUGUAACCUGAGAUUAUGGCUUUAUGGUAUGAAAGAAAUUAUUGUAAUCAAAUAAAACAUGAGCCCUCACAAAAUUGUAACAAAAUGUAAUCUAUGGCACAACAAUAUUGCAGCUAUGUUUGUAUUCCAUCCUUAUAUUUUACAAUUACCUAUCAUAAAAAUAGGUUUUAUAUUUGCCAAAUAUAGAAUAAUUUGUCUAUGAAAAUAAUUGAUAAGUACAUUGAGGCUUUAAGUGCUUUUAAAGUGAAAUUACUUUAGUUGCAGUUUUACAUGUAAUAAAUUAAUAUUAUUGAUUAAUUAUUUUUUAUGACAAAGAAAAAUAUAUUACAAGAAAUUUUGUUAUGACGAAUAAGUACAGUUGUAGUUUAGUCCAUCUGAUAUUCAAUAAAAAAUAAUAUUAAGAACAAAGUUUUGUUGUUGUAAUGAUAAUUUUAAAUGUGAAAAUAUUUUUGUAAUGCUAUUUUAUAAAAUAUACAUAGUGAUUAAAUUAAAUGUAAUACCCGUUUAGUAGGAUAAGAACAUUUACAACUUAUUAUCCGAUGUUGUACAUUAAACAUUAAUAUUAAAAAGCUUUUCACAUCGAAUCGAGAAUCGUGCUAUUUGGUACAUUGUAUUACAAGUAAUUUAUUGUUAAAAAUGCUGUCAAAUCAUUAAACAUAAGUCCAGCAAUAGUUUAAUAUGUGUAUGUUAAAUGUUAAGUAGUUUCAUAUUCUAUUGGAGUAAAUGUAAGUAAAGUAGCAUUAACUGAUACUGGGGCUACCACCUUUUGCUGUAACAUUUGGAAAACGAGCCCUGUAUAAAUUAUUUGCUCUCAAAUUUAUAUAUAACAUUUCUAUUCAUAACUAAGCAUUUAUAAUGUAACACUUCAUUCUUGGGGUCUAGUUGGGAUGGUCAGCAAAACACUUAUGCGAUCAAUUCAAUUUUUUUUCAAAAAUGUUUUAUUCUUAUUGCCUGCAUACAUGGAAUAAAAUCUGUUAGUCAGGUCUUUGUAUGUUGUAGCUUGAAAAUUUUCUGGGAGUGUCUUAUAAAUACGAAUUGAGGUGGCAGCCCCAUUAUAACCGGUGUCAUUGUUUCGGCCUGAGAAUAUUGCUUUUAAAAAGUUCCUAAAUUUAUUCCGUAAUGUUUCUAGAAGAAUAACAAAAUAGUAGGAAUUUGUACAACCAAUAUUUGUAAGUUUAAUUUAAGAAUAUGCCAAAUAACUUUUUAUAGUUUUAUUAUAAUCCAAUAAAUUAAUUAUUUUUUAAUUUAAAAAUUUAAUUAUUUUACAAUUUUAGUGAAGACUGUAUGUUGUCGUUAUUUUAUUUUUUAAUGAAAAACACAAUUCAAACCAGGUUAAGGGAAUCUGGGAAAUAUUAAAUGUUCUCUUUUCUUGUGUAUCUUUUUAAUUUCAUAAUAUGCUUUAAAAUGCCGCCAAUUUAAAUCAUACUCGACAUAAGUUCUAGUUUUACAAUUUAAAUGUUUGAACUUCGAAUGCCAUAAUUUGUUGCCAGUUACACAAUAAAAAGCCAAUUUUAAAAAUACAUUUAAAAUAAGAUAAAUCAUUGUCACAUUAGAAUACUGGUUAUUAUAAUAUUAUUUUAUGAGAAAUGUAAUUAAAAUUUUCUUUAAACUCACCAUACCAAUGUUGUGUACCUAAAUAGAAGUUAUUUUUGCCCUAAGUUUUUAUUAAUGACGUAGUGAUGUUCAUUGUCAAUCAUCAGAUGCAUAAAUAAAGUGUAAAUGAAAUUUACAUAAUUAUAUAUGGAGAUAUU